AUGGGAGGGCGCGAGCUGGCUCGCCUCUGCCGCCUCCUGCCGGGCCGCCUCGCACUCGAUCUCGCGCAGGAGCUGCCGGUGCCGCGCCUCGCCAGCCUCGGCGCUCGCUUGGCCUCUGUCUCCCACACCGGCCCGGCGCCCGGAUCCCCCGGCCACACGCAAGCUCUGGCCCGGCGCGCUGCCUCAGUCCAGUGGCGUGCCGAGCGACGGGAUUCGUUUGUCGUCCUCAAUGGGCCAUCUCCUUCCUCCCAUCCCAUUGUCCACGCUUGGCUCGUCGCAGUCGCUCCCCGGAGGAUGUUCGGUACCGGCAUCGUCGUCGUGCCCCUCCCGGUCAUCGUCAUCAACCUCGCGUUUCGCGGGAGUGAUCAGCGCUACUUGCACGAGCUGCUCCUCCUGCGCACGGAUGUCUCCUCCUCGGAGGUCCGACCACCCCUGCACUCCGAAGUGGGCCCUGAGCUCGGCUAG